UCCGCUAGCGCUAGUAUUUAUACGCCUAGUUAGUCUCCGCGAUCUUCUCCGAUAUAUCGUGCACAUCCAUAUCCACGCGCACACGCAGCCGGCUGGAAGGAAGAAAAAAUGCUGCGGUUCUGGAGGACGCAGAGGAGCGUCACGUCGUCAGACGCCUUGUCUAUCGUGGAGAUGAACGUCCACAUGGACUGCGAGGGCUGCGAGAAGCGCGUGAGGAAGGCCAUGUCCCGGCUCGAAGGCGUGAGCACGGUGGAGAUCGACAUGGACACGCAGAAGGUGACGGUGACGGGGUACGUGGACCGGCGGGAGGUGCUCCGGGCGGCGCGGCGGACGGGGAGGGCGGCGGAGUUCUGGCCGUGGCCGUACGACGGCGAGUACUACCCGUUCGCGAUCCAGUACCUGGAGGACGACACCUACAUGGCGACGCACAAGUACUACGUCCACGGCUACAACGCCCCGGUGAUCGGCUCCUACCCCAACCACGCCUUCACCCACAUCGUCGACGACCACGCCCUCGCCUUCUUCCACGACGACAACGUCCACGCCUGCUCCAUCAUGUGACCUAAAAUAUAAUCUUAUUUAAAAUCCUACAUGCCAGCGACAGAUACAUAUCUGACCAAAUCGAACAAGCUAAGUGACCUAAUUAGUGGUGCAAAAUAAGAGAUGAAAAACCAAAUCUAACUUCGUCGAUCAUCUAGUAAUGGUCAAGUAGUUGCUCAGCAAUCCAACGUGCAAAGAGUGUGGUGAUAUGAUAGACAAAUUAACGAAUAGGAAUUAAGGUCGAACUAAGCUUAUCAAUCGACAAGUUGUUCUUAAUUAAUUGCACUAUGCGACCCUUUUUCUUAUGAACAUGAAUUAAAAGGAAGGGAGCAGUAGAACUGGAUUGCUAAUUAACCCGCUAUCCUUUUGAAUUGACUAUUCGACGGGCAUCUGCAUGGUAUCGAUGCUUGCUGUUGACAGCACAAGGGGAAGAAAAGGGUGGCCCUGAAAAUUUUCAACUGUUGAUGCUAGCUAGCGGCUGAUCUCGCUGAGGUAUCUGUGCCAGUAAUUUUUGUCUGCGGAUAGGACAACAUGGAGAGGAUGACUAGGAAAAGGAGCACUGUUCAAACUAUCCAAAUGUCUCCAACCAAAAGUGAUGACCCAUCCUUGCAUAUGUGCGCAUCAGUGCAUAUGUUCUUAUGCUGGUGUGGGGUGAAGAUUCUGGUGUGAGGGGCAAACGGUGACAACGGAAAAGAAGGUUCGAAUAUACCCUGUUCCCUGAUUACAAAUACAGUUAUGAGUUCUGACCAUUGGAUUGUAUACAUAUGACAAAAAGAGAGUAAACUUCAGUUCACACAUCAGACCAAAUUGAGUACAGGUGCUACCAGUAUUUGGCUUUCGAAGAUAUUUUACAUUGGGACAGCGAGAGGAGUAAGUUCAGUUCACACAUCAGACCAAGUUUGAUGCAGCUGCUCAAUGCUCUGUUUGUUCGUUUUGUCAGGGAAUAUGGGCUAACAGUGACCCAAUCUGGAUUGGAUUCCUAUCAAUAAAUAAACAAAUAAAUCUGGAUUGGAUUGUGGAAA